GGCGGAGAGAUGAGAGCCGCAGGUGGGACGUGAAAGUGGCCCCGUUUAGUUUUACCCGACGAUCUCAUUUUCCGUGAGUGCUUGAGUGGUGCUUCUGAACGACAUGGGGAAGCUUCAGGAAUUCGAGAUUACUUUCACUAAUAACAAGGUGGUCUACAACCCCGGGGAAUCCAUAUCAGGAACUGUGAGAAUUAAAACAAGCCAGUCAUUACAGUUUAAAGCUAUUAAAGUCAACUGUGUGGGGUCGUGUGGCAUUUCGUCCAAGCUGAAUGAUGCAUCGUGGAUGCUUGAGGAGAAGUACUUGAGCAGCACGCUGUCUGUGGCCGAUAAAGGCACUCUGCCAGCUGGUGACCACAGCUUUCCGUUCCAGUUUCUCAUUCCAGCAUCCGUUCCAACCUCGUUCGAAGGCCCAUUUGGGAAGAUUUUGUACAAAAUUAGGGCAUAUAUUGACACACCACGUUUCUCAAAGGACUACAAGACCCAGCGACCCUUCUACCUUCUCAAUGUGCUCAACCUCAAUGAGUUGCCAGAUGUAGAGCAACCCAGCUGUGCUGUGACUACAAAAAAGUUUAACUACCUCCUGGUAAAAACAGGAACGCUCAUGCUGAAGGCCUGCAGUGAUCUAAGAGGAUACACUCCCGGACAGGUUAUCAAACUAUCCACUGAGAUCCAUAACAAGUCUGGGAAAGACACUGGCUAUGUGAUGGCCAGCCUUAUUCAGAGAGUGUCGUAUAAAACAAAGCGGCCAGUGUUUGAUCUGCGGCCCAUAGCAGAGGUCGAGGGUGCCGGGGUGAAGGCUGGUAAACAUGCAGAGUGGAGAGAACAGAUCAUCGUCCCUCCUCUUCCUCAAUCAGGCCUCACUGGCUGCAGCCUCAUAGAUAUUGAGUAUUUUAUCCAGGUUUCACUAAAAUCUCCUGAGGCUGUGGUCACGUUACCCAUCUACAUUGGGAACAUUGCUGUAAACUUAACUCCCUCCAUUCCUCAACCCAUCGCCCAAGGCGCACCAGUGCUUGCCAUGCCAAGCCUCAGCCCUGCGCCCGUAGUCCCCAGCGCACCUCCUGCAGAGGACGACCUGGAGGGUGAGCUGGGUGCAGGAGGAGUAGACAGCGAGGAGAUCCCCACCAAGAGUCAUUCUCAGCAGGACCCGUCCGGCAUUCCUCUCUCCAUGUCUCCCAGCGUGUUCGGUCAAGCGUCCGGUCCACUCCCGACGCAGAGCCAGCAGCUCGCCCAAUCCUCCGCCGGCUCUGCUCCUCUGUUCUGUCUGUCUACAGGGGCCACCAUACCUUUCUUCACAGAUGGUAAUACAACGCCAGUGCCCACUUCCUGUCCCCUCAUCCUGCCCCCUGAAUACAGCACCUGGGAAUACCCACAUGAGCCACCCCCCACUUAUGAGGAAAGCUGCAGUAGCAACAACUCCAGCUUCAACAGUAGCAUGAGGUAGACCCAUUUGAGGGCUCGCUUCUUCAUCAUGCCAUUCAUCUGCUGCCUCCUGCUGGACGGUACAGGCAUUGCUACCAGCCCAUAAACCUGGCCCUUCUUCUCCAUGAGCCAAAUAUGUUUAAAACAUAUAAAGGAUUGUUUCCUUAAUUUUUAGUUAAUACACUCAGAUUACCGUUUCAACAUUGAAGAAAACAAGCUUGAAACUGUACAGGGAGAAUGUUUCAGUGCCUAAGAACUUAAGAUGUAGCACUCUUGAGCAUCCCCAAGAUGAGACACACUCAGAGUUCUUGCGAAACGAAUACCAGCAUCUGUAACAUUAUGAAGUGAAAGUUACACUGAAAAUACUUUUUCAUUCAACCAAGGCUGGCCUUAUGUAAAUCUUAUCACAAAGCAUGCUCUGUAAAAUCUGACUUAUCGCAGAAAGAUAAUUCUGCUUGACUGCAAGUCUUGUUGAGGAAAAAAUAUUCCUUUCCUUGUGACGUUCAUUAUGAAUUAUAAGGCACUCCAUGCUUAUGCCAGCAGGAAUGGCUCUUGACGGAGACACUGGGCCACAGAGAACGUUACUCUGGAAAGAACAGGUCUUAUUUAUUGAUCAUGAUUGAUGUUGGAAGUUUUCAUUUGACUUUUUAAAAUCCAUCUCAUCACCAAAUGGAUACAGUGUGGAUACAGCUUUGGAAUAUCACAUACAUAAGUCAUUAUCACUUGGCCAAAUGGUAGUCAGUGUCCCUUGAAUGGUUAAGGGAGCAACACAUUACAUAUCAUUUUAAAAUGAAAACUAGUUAGAAGUUCAUUUUGUUUUACAGGCUGUCAAGAUUUUAGGAUGACACUUCGGACUCCUGACUCUGUAUUUUUGUUGCCUUAUUUUACAUAAAACAAAGCAAAAUAAUCGGAUUUUUCUUUUCUGGGGUUCAUUGUUUCACCCUAGAAUUAUUAUUUCAAAGAACUGUCAUUCAGAGUGUGAUAGAUUUUUUUUUUUUUUUCAGACUGCGUAAUAUCAGUGCUGGUAAUAUGUUAGAGUUUGGACAUUUCUGAUAUGCAUCAUUUGAAAUCUGAUUCGAACUGUACAUGCCUUUGUACGUGACUUGUUUGGUCUUAUGCAUUGAUAUUUCUCAUACUAACCCACAGCGAUUGGAGAUUUAUGAUAGAUUUCCGGUGAGGCCUUAGGCUGUACUUGGAUUGUUGUGUACAGUCCUUUAAUAUGGCAAACACUUUUUUCCAAAACACUUGUCCAGACCCUUGAACUGUUGAAGAAAUUGAAAAAUUGAAGCACAAAAGGCACUUUUUUAUAUAUAUAUGUGUGUGUGUGUGUGUGUGUGUGUGAAUGUCUGUGUUUUAAGAAUAUUUUCUCAAUUCCUUCUCCAAAAUCUAAAUGAUCAAUUUCCAUUUUUAGUUCAGUGUUGUACUAAGUUUAGUACUUGAUUCAGUCAGCAAAGGAAGUGCGAUUCAGAACAGACCACCUAUAUCAUGUUUUACAUAAUUUUGUAUGAAGCAAAUUUAGAAUACGUUUUCAGUACUAAAUCCUGUGAUGUUCUAUAUCUUUUCCAUCUGUCUGUAAGUAUUUGUUUAAAAUUUAUGUUGCACUAUGUACCAUUUACAGUGCUGACAGAAAAAUAAUUUGGGUCAUUCUACAAAAAGGGUGCCAUUUGAGCCUUUAUACAGUAUAUAAAAAAUUAACAGUGAAAAGGUGAUACAUUCAUGUGCUAAUAUGUAUAUUUCUUAAAAGGAAUUAACAAAAAUCCAGUAGCUUUAUUUUAUUUUCAUUAAGAGGGUUGAUUUUCUGCCCUGUGUACUUUUUGAUGAAAACAAAAAAAUAGAGACAUAAAAGCUAGCAUUUAUUCUCUGUCUACAUAUUUUUGAUUUUAUUGGACAUAAAAAGGAUUUAUUGUGCAAAGGUUAUGUGUUCACACUGUUUGCAUCAUAUUUCCCCCUUUGAACGAACUGAACUAUUCCAUAACGCAGAAAAAACUGUCAUAACAACAUUAUAAUAUUUUCAGAAUGCAAACACUUUAAGGAAAAGUCUAUGCUUUUUUUUUUUUUUA